UGAACAUUUAGAGCAACAAAAACUCUGCAGAACACCCAACAAUUCUCUCGACAACGAAACCUCGGAAGUGUUUUCGAGUAAAUGUAAGAGUCUAACUACGGGAGAAUACCACAAUAUUCUGAAAUUCUUGAAAGUAUGGCAUUGACCUCAUCUUCGAAUAGCUCUUCCCAUUCUCUUACCUCGGGUCCGGGAAAUUCCGCCAGCGGCGGAGGUGGGAUGGAUGAAUUAUUGCCGCUAGUGUUACAACUUACGAAUGCGGAAAGUGUAAGUUAUUUUUCUGGUGUUAUCGCUUCUGGAAAAAGAAUAGUGAAAUUUAAGUCGUCCGUUCGAAUAUAUCAGUGUCCUCGGUCGUGUUCUCUCGGUCGUGUUCUCUGUUUGUUCUACGUUCUUGAGACUCUUCCCAAUCGAACUCACCGGCCGAUGCUGAUUGAAACUCCAUCCAUGUUUGUGGACGGGUGUGUGGGAACCAUAUCACACCCAUAUCGCGACUUGAUCUUUUCUGCUUGCUCUUCUUUGUAAAUGACGAAUUGGCGGAAUGAAUGACACACCUACAAUUUUUUAUUCAUCGAUAGCGCGAGGUGGUCCUUUUGGAAUUGUCAAAAAAGCGAGAAACUUUUGCCGAUUUGGCUCCUAUCCUGUGGCACUCAACAGGAACAGUAGCGGCACUUUUGCAAGAGAUAGUAUCAAUUUAUCCUCUCCUGACUCCGCCCACCCUUACCGCUCAUGCAUCCAACCGAGUCUGCAACGCCCUCGCCUUGCUGCAAUGUGUUGCAUCUCAUGCAGAUACUCGACAACCAUUUUUAGCGGCACAAAUUCCGUUGUAUUUGUAUCCAUUUUUGAACACACAAAGCAAAUCCCGACCGUUUGAGUAUUUGCGACUGACAAGCCUCGGUGUCAUUGGAGCCCUCGUAAAGGUCGAUGACACGGAAGUUAUCAGCUUCUUGCUGAGCACGGAAAUUAUCCCUCUCUGUUUGCGAAUUAUGGAAACUGGUUCUGAACUCUCAAAAACCGUAGCCACUUUUAUUGUACAAAAGAUUCUGUUGGAGGAAACUGGUCUGAACUAUGUGUGUGCGACGGCAGAGCGCUUUUAUGCGGUGUCGACAGUUCUGGCCAACAUGGUGCACCUCCUUCAGGUCCAUCCUUCGGUCCGUUUGUUAAAACACGUUGUGCGAUGUUAUUUGAGACUAGCGGACCACCCGAGAGCUCGUGAGGCAUUGAAAACCUGCCUUCCCGCUUCUCUAAAAGACGGUACCUUUGGACCCCACUUGCACAACGAUCUGACCGUACAAAAAUGGCUCUCUCAGCUCCUGACGAUUGUUGGAAGUGAUGACGGCGACCCAAGUGGAGAUAACGGCAACAAUGGCAAUGACAACACAAAUCCGUUACUGACACAGCCGUCGAGCACGGGAUAUCUUCAAAAGGAUUCUAAAUAAAUGGUUCCACGUUGUGCCUCUUUUUGAAAAUCACGGGAACAAUUGAAGUACAAGUAUGCAAAGCAGUACGACUGAAGAAAAGCUUGCGCACAACCCAAUCGGUUUAAUUACGAACGAUAAAAAGUGACGAUGCGACACAACCAUAGAUUUGCUAGCUGUGUUGUAAUAGGCGGCUGCUCCUACUCUAUCAUACCAGCUCCGGGCUGAGUACGGAUUUGACAGCUCUUACUCAUGUAAGCGGGAACGAUAGUGACACAAGUCGAUUAAACAAAAUAGUUUCCAGAUUGUUGUACGUUGUCAAGAAGAGCCCUUCAGACAACCAGAUCAUAGUGAAAUCGUCGCUGUAUUGCGUCGAAGGCUUUAGAUAACGUUCGUCAAUACAUAUUAUAGUCAAUCUCAGUCGCACGUUCAAUAUUCAUUUGGAGCAUAAAAUGACCACAAUGAUCCGACCUCUGCACAUGCACUAACGAGGUACCCAAAGAGAAAAGUCAUUGAUUCGUUAAUCAGUAUCUUGAUACUUGUUACCUGUGAGUACUGCUCGGUUGACAAUGCUGCCAUAUUCUAAGCCUCUUUUUUCUUUUCCUUCUUUGGAGACGGAAGCAUCGUAAGAAUAAUAUAAAACGCUACACACCCGAUGUGUCCAAAAUAGUAAAAGCUCUUGUACGCAGCGAACGACCAACCACUCGCAAGCAUAGUGAAGGACACAAUCAGGUAGUUCAUGGUGAUGCUUGUAACCAGUACACAUACGAUACCGUAAGGCGAGAAAUAAUUCGGCGAAAAGUAGGGUGACAAUUUCUUCUUGGCCAAUCGCUCGCAAAACGAAGGAAUGGGCACCGAGAGGAAAAAUAAGUAGUAACCUGGAUAAAAUCCAUGCCAGAAUGCACUCAUGGAAUAGACAGCAAUAAGAUUUCCGCCUGUUCGCAUGUACACAUAUCUCGACAACCACAAUGAUGUCUUCUUGUUCCAAACCCUCGACAUGAUGGAGACACCUGGAGCAGUCUCAAAAGUGAUGAUAUCUAUGUUGUUGGAGGUUUCCCAUCCCUUUUCGUUUCCCUUUUCGUCGUAACCAUCAAAUCCUGCAUACCAAAUAUUUUGAGCGCCUUCAGCGUUCUUCCAUCCGAAAUAGUAUUUCUGGCGAAGAGCGAACAAUCCCAUCCAGGUAUGGAAAUAACGGUAGAAAAUAGGUUUCUUGAGAAAUUCCUCGGUCAAGAUGUAGGGGGUGUUGUGUUGCGGAUCAGAGGUGUCGAGCAACGGGAACUUGGCACUAAGUGUCAAGAAAAUUCCAAGAUUCAGGAGGCAAGUAAGGAAGGGCUUCAGUGUGGGCAAAAUAUUGCUUGGGAGCUUUGUUUUUCCAUCAGGUGUCUUGAAAAUGCUACCAUCGACUGCAUGCAAGUAGGUAGCGUAUUCAGUGGCAGGACCUGCAAGCAAGUUCGCGAAACAAAACGUGUAGCCGAGAAACUCAAUCAAGCUGGGCGUGUUCUUCAAAGCAAAAGGAGCACACUUCUUAGCAGCUCGGUCCUCCUUCCCCUUUGCCAAAAGUUCGCCGUCGUAGAGGUUAUAUCCGAUCAUAUACAAUUUCUGU